AUGGAGCCGGGGGGCCGGGCCCGCACUGGCCCCCCGCAGCCGGCGGCCCCGGGGUCGUGGAGGGCUCGGCCGGCUGGCGGCGGCGGCGGCGGGGGCGCCUCCUCCUGGCUGCUGGACGGGAACAGCGGGUUGCUGUGCUACGGCCUUCUCUACCUGGCGCUCUACGCGCAGGUGUCCCAGUCGAAACCCUGCGAAAGGACCGGCUCCUGCUUCUCGGGCCGCUGUGUCAACUCCACCUGCCUCUGCGACCCGGGUUGGGUGGGCGACCAGUGCCAGCACUGCCAGGGCAGGUUCAAGUUAACAGAACCUUCUGGAUAUUUAACAGAUGGUCCAAUUAACUAUAAAUAUAAAACUAAAUGUACAUGGCUAAUUGAAGGCUAUCCAAAUGCAGUGUUAAGAUUAAGAUUCAAUCAUUUUGCUACAGAAUGUAGCUGGGAUCAUAUGUAUGUUUAUGAUGGAGAUUCAAUAUAUGCACCUUUAAUAGCUGUACUUAGUGGUUUGAUAGUUCCUGAAAUACGGGGAAAUGAAACUGUGCCUGAAGUCGUUACAACAUCUGGCUAUGCACUGUUACAUUUUUUUAGUGAUGCCGCGUAUAAUCUAACUGGUUUCAACAUUUUUUACUCAAUCAAUUCUUGUCCUAACAAUUGCUCUGGUCACGGGAAGUGUACAACUAGUGUCUCUGUUUCAAGUCAAGUGUAUUGUGAAUGUGAGAAAUACUGGAAGGGUGAAGCUUGUGAUAUCCCCUACUGUAAAGCCAACUGCGGCAGUCCAGAUCAUGGUUACUGUGACCUAACAGGAGAAAAGUUGUGUGUCUGCAAUGAUAGUUGGCAAGGUCCUGAUUGUUCUUUGAAUGUUCCUUCCACUGAGUCUUACUGGAUUCUGCCAAAUGUUAAACCCUUCAGUCCUUCCGUAGGUCGGGCUUCCCAUAAAGCUGUUUUACAUGGGAAGUUUAUGUGGGUGAUCGGUGGAUAUACUUUUAACUACAGUUCUUUUCAAAUGGUCUUGAAUUACAAUUUAGAAAGCAGUAUAUGGAAUGUAGGAGCUGUAUCAAGGGGACCUCUCCAGAGAUAUGGGCAUUCACUUGCUUUGUAUCAGGAAAACAUCUUUAUGUAUGGAGGCAGAAUUGAAACAAGUGAUGGCAAUGUCACCGAUGAAUUGUGGGUGUUUAACAUACACAGUCAGUCGUGGAGUACAAAAUCUCCCACUGUGCUUGGACACGGUCAGCAAUAUGCUGUGGAGGGACAUUCUGCACACAUUAUGGAGUUGGAUAGUAGAGAUGUUGUCAUGAUCAUAAUAUUUGGAUAUUCUGCAAUAUAUGGUUAUACAAGCAGCAUUCAGGAAUACCAUAUCUCAUCAAACACUUGGCUUGUUCCGGAAACUAAAGGAGCUAUUGUUCAAGGGGGAUAUGGCCAUAGCAGUGUGUAUGACGAAAUAACAAAGUCCAUUUAUGUUCAUGGAGGCUAUAAAGCGUUACCAGGCAACAAAUACGGAUUGGUAGAUGACCUUUACAAGUAUGAAGUUAACCCAAAGACUUGGACUAUUUUGAAAGAAAGUGGGUUUGCCAGAUACCUUCAUUCAGCUGUUCUUAUCAAUGGAGCUAUGCUUAUUUUUGGAGGAAAUACCCAUAAUGACACUUCCCUGAGUAACGGUGCAAAAUGUUUUUCUGCCGAUUUCCUGGCAUAUGACAUAGCUUGUGACGAAUGGAAAAUACUACCGAAACCAAAUCUUCAUAGAGAUGUCAACAGAUUUGGUCACUCUGCAGUUGUCAUUAAUGGGUCCAUGUAUAUAUUUGGAGGAUUUUCUAGUGUACUCCUUAAUGAUAUACUUGUAUACAAGCCUCCAAACUGCAAGGCUUUCAGAGAUGAAGAACUUUGUAAAAAUGCUGGUCCAGGAAUAAAAUGUAUUUGGAACAAAAAUCACUGUGAAUCUUGGGACUCUGGGAAUACUAAUAAUAUUCUUAGAGCAAAGUGCCCUCCGAAAACAGCUGCUUCUGAUGACAGAUGUUUUAGAUAUGCAGAUUGUGCCAGCUGUACCGCCAAUACGAAUGGAUGCCAGUGGUGUGAUGACAAGAAAUGCAUUUCAUCAACCAGUAACUGCAGCAUGUCUGUGAAAAACUAUACCAAAUGCCAUGUGAGGAAUGAGCAGAUCUGUAACAAACUUACUAGCUGUAAAAGCUGUUCACUGAACUUGAAUUGCCAGUGGGAUCAGCGGCAGCAGGAGUGCCAGGCUCUACCAGCUCAUCUUUGUGGAGAAGGAUGGAUUCAUGUCGGGGAUGCUUGUCUUAGAAUUAAUUCCAGUAGAGAAAACUAUGACAAUGCAAAACUUUACUGCUAUAAUCUUAGUGGAAAUCUUGCUUCAUUAACAACUUCAAAAGAAGUAGAAUUUGUACUGGAUGAAAUACAGAAGUAUACACAACAGAAAGUAUCACCUUGGGUAGGCUUACGCAAGAUCAAUAUAUCCUACUGGGGAUGGGAAGACAUGUCUCCAUUUACAAAUACAACACUACAGUGGCUUCCUGGUGAACCUAAUGAUUCUGGGUUCUGUGCGUAUCUGGAAAGGGCUGCAGUGGCAGGCUUAAAAGCUAAUCCUUGCACGUCUAUGGCAGAUGGCCUUGUCUGCGAGAAACCUGUUGUUAGUCCAAAUCAAAACGCGAGGCCGUGCAAAAAGCCCUGCUCUUUAAGGACGUCGUGUCCCAACUGCACGAGCAACGGUAUGGAGUGUAUGUGGUGCAGUAGUACAAAGCGGUGUGUGGACUCCAACGCCUACAUAAUCUCCUUUCCAUACGGGCAGUGUCUGGAGUGGCAGACUGCCACCUGCUCUCCCCAAAAUUGUUCUGGAUUGAGGACCUGUGGACAAUGUUUGGAACAACCUGGGUGUGGCUGGUGCAAUGAUCCUAGUAAUACUGGAAGAGGACACUGCAUUGAAGGGUCUUCCCGGGGACCAAUGAAGCUUGUUGGAAUGCUUAAUAAUGAGAUGCUUCUUGAUACCAGUCUUUGUCCUAAAGAGAAGAACUAUGAGUGGUCCUUUAUCCAGUGCCCAGCUUGCCAGUGUAAUGGACAUAGCACUUGCAUCAAUAAUAAUGUGUGCGAACAGUGUAAAAAUCUUACCACAGGAAAGCAGUGUCAAGACUGUAUGCCAGGUUAUUAUGGAGAUCCAACCAAUGGAGGGCAGUGUACAGCUUGUACAUGCAGUGGCCAUGCAAAUAUUUGUCAUAUGCACACAGGAAAAUGUUUCUGCACAACUAAAGGAAUAAAAGGCGAUCAAUGCCAAUUAUGUGACUCUGAAAAUCGCUAUGUUGGUAAUCCACUUAGAGGAACAUGUUAUUACAGCCUUUUGAUUGAUUAUCAGUUUACAUUCAGCUUAUUACAGGAAGAUGAUCGCCACCAUACUGCCAUAAACUUCAUAGCAAACCCAGAACAGUCAAACAAAAAUUUGGAUAUUUCAAUUAAUGCAUCAAACAACUUUAAUCUCAACAUUACAUGGUCGGUUGGUUCAACAGCUGGAACAAUAUCUGGAGAGGAGACUCCUAUAGUUUCCAAGACUAAUAUAAAAGAAUACAGAGAUAGUUUUUCCUACGAAAAAUUUAACUUUAGAAGCAAUCCAAACAUUACAUUCUAUGUAUAUGUCAGCAACUUUUCAUGGCCUAUUAAAAUACAGAUUGCAUUCUCACAACACAACACAAUCAUGGAUCUUGUGCAGUUUUUUGUCACCUUUUUCAGUUGUUUUUUAUCUUUAUUAUUGGUGGCUGCUGUGGUAUGGAAGAUCAAGCAAACAUGUUGGGCUUCUCGGCGGAGAGAGCAACUGCUUCGAGAACGACAGCAGAUGGCCAGCCGACCCUUUGCGUCUGUUGAUGUAGCGCUGGAAGUGGGAGCUGAACACACAGACUUUCUGCGAGGGGCAUUAGAGGGAGCACCCAAACCAAUAGCCAUUGAACCCUGUGCUGGGAACAGAGCUGCAGUUCUGACCGUGUUUCUCUGUCUACCACGAGGGCCAUCAGGUGCCCCUCCCCCUGGGCAGUCAGGUAUUGCGAUUGCCAGUGCCCUAAUAGAUAUUUCACAGCAGAAGCCUUCAGAUAGUAAAGACAAAACUUCAGGAGUCCGAAAUCGAAAACACCACCUCUCAACGCGUCAAGGAACUUGUGUCUGA